AUGACUGUGAAUGAACUUGGGACAGCAUUUACAUGGCCGAAACUCAGCCUUCUGGAAGGGGAAGGCGACGCCAGAUCGCUUCCAGAGUUAAUCGACUUCCAAGCCAGGGUAAACCCGCACCGCCGAUUUUGCAUCCAGGCACAGAAAAGCACGGAUGCACCACUGCUAGAUGUAACAUACGCACAACUGAAGCAUGCUGUCUCGUGCUGUCAAGACUGGCUCGGCAAAAAUGUGCCUGAGAUCCAGCUAGAGAAUGGCACAAAGGACCGGCCAGUUGGCUUGCUCAUGGACAGCGAUCUGACACUCGUCAUAUACCUCUUUGCAUUGAUGGGUCUGGGGAUACCCACUGUCUUACUUUCGACGCGACUCAGUGCCGAAGCUGUCAAACACCUGGUGCAAAAAACACGGACGAGCGCGAUCCUCGUAUCGGCGCGGUUGGAUGGCACAGCCAAUGAAGCCCUGUCGUCAUGGGAUGCGAGUGAUUCUUCUCCACCGUCAAAGUACUGUCCUGCUGCGUACAGGGAUUUUAUGACCGAAAACACAACAUCAUCCACUGCUUUCACAGAAAGUAACGUCGGCCGAAAGAAUCACUUUGUCUCGGAAUCGGACUGUAAUGUGCUCAUUCUGCACUCCAGUGGGACGACGGGUCUACCUAAACCAAUUUAUACCUCUCAUCGGCAUUAUCUCAGCUUUGCUCUUUGCCAUGAGUUCAAGAACGCGGAAGAAAUGCUCUCACCAGCCCUGUCGACAUCUCCGCUGUUUCACGGAUUUGGAUUGCUGCCACCGUGCCUGUCACUGGGCAUGGGAAAACCAUUUUGCCUUCCAGAGGCAGGCACCAUCUUCACUGGUCCAUCAACAGCACAGCUCUUGCGGAACAGUGGUGCAAAAUCGCUGCUUACAGUGCCGUCAGUUCUUGAGGAAAUUGCUCUGCUACCAGAUGAUGAGGGAAUCCAUGUCCUGCAAGAACUGCACUUCAUCGUUUUCGGCGGCGGAUUGCCCAAGGAGACCAUUGGCGACAAAUUAACAGCUGCUGGAGUGAAGCUCCUCAAUCACUACGGCGCCACCGAAACGGGGCCCUUGGCUCCAUUGUAUGUGCCACAACGGGGUUAUGAUUGGCAUUAUUUCAAGCUGCGCACAGAUAUCCAGGACGCGCUACAGGUUUCUCUCGAACCCAUCGUUGAAGAAAACCAAGAAUCAGAGAGUCGGUGGAAAUUGAGUCUACAGCCAGUAGGCUGGACCGAAAGAUUUCCGCUUCAGGAUAUCCUCGUUCCUCGUCCAUCAUCAGAUUCUGAUAAUGAGUAUACAGUGCUGGGUCGAAGUGAUGAUCUUAUUCGCUUGGCGACGGGCGAAAAAGUCCGUCCUACGAUCGUCGAAUCCAUGCUCGCUCAAAGCGAGGCCGUCAAAGCUGCGGUGGCAUUUGGGGACGGCCAGUUCGAGAUCGGAGUGUUGAUUGAGCCGACGUUUAAAAUCUCGUCUGCAGAGGAGGAAGAUGCAUUGAAGUCCAGCCUCUGGCCAAUUAUUCAGCUGGCUGGUGAGAAGAUGGAUGCCCACGCUCGCAUUUCGUCUUCUCAGGCAAUCGUUGUGGUGCAGGCAGGGAGUCUCCCUAGGUCUGAUAAAGGGACAGUCUUACGACGAGAGGUCAACCAGCGGUUUGAAAAGGAGAUUGCUGAGGUUUACCGUAAACUCGAUGGGGUGAUCGACUAUUCGAUCCCGCCACUCCGAUUAAACUCCCUCGAAGCCGAUCUACGCAAGCUCAUUAACGACAAUUUGAAGUGGACAAAUAACAGCGAGUGGACGGAUGAACGGGACUUUUUCGAACUGGGCAUGGAUAGCCUCCAAUCAACUAUAUUGCGUAGGUUGCUUGUAUCAUCUCUACGCGACGGGCUCUCCAAGGUUUCGAUUGGUCGGGAUUUUGUAUACCAACAUCCGUCCGUUGCUGAACUUGCCAAAGCCGUGAGAGAAGGGUGCGGAAAUCAAGCUGCAUCGUCAGUGGACGGUAGCCUCCUUGACGUGUUCAUCGACAUGUACUCCCUGCAGCGGCAGCAGAAAUCUAACGGGUACGGCGAAAAUGACACCGCGACUGUCCUCUUGACCGGAGGCACAGGCAGUCUCGGGUCACACCUCCUAGCUCAUCUCGUUCAGAAGUCCGUGGUACGUCACGUCGUCUGCAUGAAUCGUCCAUCUACAGGGAAGCAGGACCCGUAUGAUCGGCAGGCAGCGGCUCUGAAAUCGAAAGGCCUAAGUAUCUCACCCGAGGAAUGGUCCAAAGUUAUUGUAUUUGAGACCAAUACGGGUUCCCCGAAAUUGGGUCUGUCGGGGGCUGAUUAUACCUGGCUGUGCGAACGAAUCACUCACAUUGUCCACAACGCUUGGCCCAUGAAUUUCAAAAUGCACGUAUCCUCGUACAAAUCUCAGUUCCGUGUGCUGCAGCAUCUUUUGCUACUUGCUAGAGAUGCGCAUGCCCAUCAGCAACCAACAAGAAGAACCCGCGUUCUCUUCAUCUCAUCAAUAUCUACUGUUGGUUGGUACGGGAAAUUCACUGCAGAGACGAUCGUGCCUGAGACGCCAAUACAGGACUUCCGUACAGCUCUCGAUUUAGGAUACGCGCAGGCCAAACUAGUCUGCGAAAAAAUAAUCGAACGAGCGCGUAACGAUUUUGGCACCGAGAUCGAAGUUGGGUACAUUCGCAUUGGGCAGAUCGCUGGCGCUCAAGGGGGAUUUUGGAACACAGACGAACACUUUGCUAGCCUUGUCGCAUCGUCAGAGGCGCUAGGACACCUUCCAGACAUCCGCGGAACACUCUCAUGGCUUCCCGUUGAUCUCGCCAGCACUGUGCUAGAAGAGAUCAUUUUCAGCCCAGAGCCUAUGGAACUCGUUUAUCAUCUGGAGAACCCAGUGCGGCAGCCGUGGAACGAAGUGCUCGAUAUUCUAGCUUCGGAGUUGGACGUGGACAAGCACAACCGUAUACCGAUGGCCGAGUGGCUAGAAGAUAUAAUGAAGCGGCGACCCGAUGAUGGCAAUCCCGCUGCCGCGCUUGCAGACUUUUUCCAGGAAGAUUUUGAGUGGAUGUCUGGAGGGAGCAUAGUAUUGUCUACAGAGACAUCCAGACGGCAUUCGCCCACGUUGAGGCGAGCAGGUCCUGUGCACGACGAGACGAUUCGAAGAUAUGUCCAAUAUUGGAGGGGUAUUGGCCUCAUUCGCGGGCUCAAGAACCAGGCCCUCCCUGUCGAUUCAUCUUCGUUACUUAGUUUUUCUUAG